UACGAUGCAACAAACAUUGCAGACAUUGUUUUGAGUUAAAUGCCAACAACAUAAAUAUUUCGUAAUCAAAGUGUUGUAUAUAUUAUUCAUUAGUUUUAUUACCAGGAAGAUUGAUAUGUCGUUAAAAAUGUAUGAUUUAAGUAGACACUUAACCUAUUUGCGAUGUUCUUCACGUUUAUGGUUAUGUGACCUCAGUUAAUGUUACAGUACUCUUAAUAAUCAGUAUUGAGCUUUGUAGGUUAUAACGGUGUUGCAAGGUCGGCGGAUCUAACUUAUUGACUAUUUAUUAAUUAGUAAACAGUUAAACCGAUAGUUUAAUAACAGGUCAUGUAUUCUUCAAGAUCUGCAUCCCAUAAGUAUCAAGAUUCUGUUCAAACAUUAGACAUGCCAAUUAGAAAGAAAAUUAUACUUUACUUAGCUCUGCUUCUUUUAGUUCUUUUGUGGUUCAUUGGUGUAAAAAAUAGGGAUCCUCAUCAAUAUGAUAACAUGAGGAGGACUCUUGAAUUGUACGAAUAUCAGUUGAAGGAGUCCAAGGAACAUAUGGCAGAGACGAUGAGGCUAUUAGGCCGUAGAGAUUGUGUGACGUGGGAUCCGGAUCUUCCCGUCAUCUACGCAAUCACACCAACCUACGCUCGGCCUGUGCAGAAGGCUGAGCUUACUAGGCUGUCCCACACUCUAAUGUUAGUACAAAAUCUUCACUGGAUCGUAGUUGAGGACUCGGACCACAAGACAGCGCUAGUGAGCAGUCUGCUUACCGAGACUCACUUAAACUUCACUCACUUGUACGAGCAAACCCCUGCAGAGUGGAAGCACAAGCCUAAAGAGCCCAACUGGGUGAAGCCAAGGGGAGUAUUGCAACGCAACAAAGCACUCGCUUGGCUACGAGCUAAUCUCAACGCCGAGGUAGAUCGUGGAGUGGUUUACUUUGCAGACGAUGACAAUGCUUACAGCCUUCAGUUGUUCAAUGAGAUGAGGUUGACCAGAGAGGUGAGCGUGUGGCCUGUAGGUCUGGUAGGAGGACUGAUGGUAGAGAAGCCCGAGGUGAACCUCACUACAGGCAGAGUGGUGGGGUGGAACAGUCAAUGGCGGCCGGAGAGGCCCUUCCCCAUAGAUAUGGCUGGGUUUGCCAUCAAUCUGCAGCAUCUGCUGAAGCGCCCUGAGGUAAAGUUCCUGUUGCAAGUGAAAGGUGGGUGGCAAGAGAGCGAGUUACUUACUCAUCUCACUACCUUGGACAGGCUUGAACCACUGGCGGACAACUGCACCAAAGUUUACGUGUGGCAUACCAGAACCGAGGCUCCUAAACUGAAUAUGGAAGACAAACUGAAAGCUAAAGGAAAACGCUCCGAUGAUGGGAUUCAAGUAUAGGGUUUUAGUUGUAGAAAUUGUAAAUAAUUAUGUAAAGUUUAUUUAGGUAUCUGUGUCAUAUCGGUCAGUUUAUGCUUUUUAUCCUUACCCGUGUUAUUUUACCAGUAUGCUAUUAGUAAAUUUUAUGUUAGGUCCUAUACUUAUUUUUUUUUAAGAAUGGAUACUAAGGUUAGAAUAAACUUGUAAGAUCCAUCGUUUAUAUUUUUAUAUUGAUAAGUAUGUGUUUAAACCAUCUUAUAGAAAAAUUGUGAAUAUUCUUAUUCUUUAGAUGGUUUUAUGCUGCAACCAGUGUAUUGUUUUGUCUUCCAUGUCUUUUGUGUUUUACGUGAUAUAGCUAUUGUAUACUGUUAUCUAGAAAUGUGUUUUAUACUUGAUUGUUAUUUAUUAGAAAUCCUGUAAAUAGCUCAGAAUGCAGAGUGUGGAAGGAUUAGACUACUUGGGGUUUUAUGUUUGUGAAUUUUAUGCAGCAUUGACACUGUUAUUAAAAUAUUCACUUUUGACAAAGCCAAGUUACGUGGGAAUUUUAAUUUUACCAAUUGGACUUUUGUAAAAAAAAUCCUAGUUAGCAUGAAAUUGUAAUUUUCUUUGUUUAGCUAUGUUUAAUUUUGAAUCAUUUCUACCUGCUGAUUAUCUUAAGGUUCAUGGUAGACCUGGGGUGUAGCAAUUUUUGUAAACAUUUUUGAGCUCUCAUUUGAUCUUUUCUGUUCAAUAGGCUUUAAAUAAAUUAUUCUGACUGAUGAAACAGCUGAUCUUAGUCAGUAACAAAUCUACACAUCAUUACUAACUCAUCCUUCACUUUUAUUUGGGUAAAAAAAACGCACCUAGGUGGUGUCCCCAUCUCAAUUAAUUGAUAAUUGAAUUAAUACACGUCAUAAUUUGUAAAUUAUUCGGUCCCAUGAUACCAAUUUAUAUUGCAUCAGCUGAUUAGUUACUUUAUUUAGCAAGCUCAGUAGUGGAGUAGGUCUUAUCUUGAGGUAGGUAGGCUUACAUUUUGAUCUAUUAGCACAUUUCCCAAAUAGGGAAUGAGCUAUUGCUAUUACUGUAGGUCUCAUGGUAAGACCUGGACCCAGGACCAGUUUACUUUUUCGUUUUGAUGUCCCCAGUGGACGAAAACACAGUCUGUUCAAACUCGUACAUGUAUAUGAGUCCGUUAGCACGAUAACUUGAGCAAAAGUGAUCCUAUUUCGAUGAAAUUUGGUACAAAAGUGUUAACCUAGGUUUAUUUUAACGAGUUCGCAAACCAGCCAGAUCGGACCAUGGGAACGGGGUUUUUUGGAGGGAUUUAUGAGGUAAAAAUAGUUUUUUCUCAUUUUUGACUCUUAAAAAGCUUAAACAUUACAUUUCCAACUUUUCUCCGGAAACCAUUUUGAAGAGCUUAAAAACAAAUGAUUUAGUUUAUUUAUGUGUUUUUUUACAGUUAAUGGUUACAGAGAAAAUUCAAAAGAUUGUAAAUUAAAAAUUCCCAUGUUAUUCUUAUCUGAUAAGUAAACUUGUUUUUGUAUAUAUUUUGGUCAAACUUGGCAAAUUUAUUUAUUUUUACGUAAGGUUUUAAAUUAAUUUGUUCCUGCUUGCUUUAUGGUUAAGGCUUCUUGGUUUACUUUGUUUUAUAGAAUAGUGAUUCCAUGAAGGGGGGCAGUUUUUGUUGUGUUCCCAGGACAAAAAAUACAUGUAAUUUUUACAGGAAGGUUUUAAACUUUACUUUAGUCUUUCAUUUUUGCAUUUUUGGCAAAACUUUUUACUUUUUUAGAAAUAAGAUUUUGUUACUUUUGUAAAUGAUUGUUUUGUUACUUUUGUAAAUGAUUGUUAAUGGGCUUGGAUAAUUAAACUAAAUAAAUUGUUUUUAUGACAUUUUUCUCUGCUCAAAAUGUUUUUGUGAUAAGAGGUUUUUACCUAGUGGUGGUAUUUAGUAUUUACUCAUUUUACAAUACUCAAUUCCAGUAAUUAUCUUGUUUGGGGGUCUGAGUAAUUUAAUUAAACUUACAUGUUUUUUUAUGAUUCUCUAGAUUGCUUUAUACUGAAAUUAAAGGUUGCUUGAGAUUUUUUUAUUGUAAAACAUUUAAAUGCGUAAAACGACCUUUAAAAAAUAUUAUUCUGUCAUUAUGAGAAUUCAGCAAUAUGCUAAAAACAUCCGUGUGCUUAUUAUUGUGCAUAAUACCAGUUGCCCAUUGCUAAGUACUGACAAAAAGUGUAAAUAAUUAUAGAAAAUAUAAAA